AUGUAUAAUUCAUCUGCUAAUUACAAUCAAUGUGACAGCGACAUAACUCUCAUAAGUUCGCCAAGUUUCUGUGAUCUUGAUGAGACAUCAAUCAUUGCUUCUAUGCCUGUUCGCGUAGUUUCACAACAAGUAAAAACAUCAUCCGAAAUUACACAAUCGAUAGCAUCAGAUGUUUCCUUCGAUGGAACUAAGCAGAUGAAAUCGAUGGAUAAUCAUGACUAUACAUUUCUUGAACAUGAGAUGAUUGAACAGAUUUUAUAUUAUUAUCAGCAAGAGCUUAGACAAGAAUCGAACACGCAAUUAGAUUGUACUCGGAAAUUAGUGAUACGUCUUGUUGAUUUUAUUCGGCCGUGUUAUGCUUCAAAUCAACGAAAAAUGAAAGAUUUAGAUGAACUAUUUAGUACCAUAUCGAAUAUGCACGACAAGAAAUGUUUCCAACAAAAAGAAAAAACUCUCAAGUUAGAAAAUGAAAUUUCACGCUUAGAAAAUUUCAUAAUCACCUCUGCAAAUCCAUAUAGUGCCAUAGCAAGUUUGCAUGAAACGAUUGACAAUGAAGAAUGGACGAAGCUAGAAGAAGAAACAAGAAAGCUCCAGACUUUAGUUGAAUACCAACGAAAUCAAAUCAAUGAACUUAUCAAACUUAUGCCGAAACAAGAAUUAUUCGAAAAUAAAACGCAACCAACGAGCACCUGUUUAAUAAUCUCUCCGUUGCCUCGAAAAACACCGCAUAAUGUUAGAAAAAAAUGUUGUCUCUGCAAUUAUGAAUAUCCAUUAGUACACACUGAAGUUGAAAUUCAAAAUCAUCUCGAAACUUGUUUGUAUAAAAUCACUUCUGAUACUCAAGAUGACUCCGUCGCAUCCGUAAACAUCGAUUGUCCAUUUUGCGAUAAAAAACUGCUCAACAACGGUGAUUCCGCUGACCUUCAUCAUAUGACAAUGUGUUGUAGUCAAUCAAAUGUCGUAUUUUAG